AUCUUCGUUUCAAACCUUGGAAUCAGAUUCGGCUUCGCUAGUCGGAGAACCUAGAUCUCACUUCUCGAGUUUCACUUUCAACAUUAUUGUUAACAACAGUUACUUUUAGCAUUUCUUGGAAGUAUUUCAAAUACAAGAUAGUUUCGUUGUAAUUUAAAGAGUAUAGAACUUCUCGGAAGAUUAAAUGCUAAUCCACAGGCAGUCGACAAUACUUGCCAAAAUUUUAAACACCCUUUUUUGAGAUAUAAAAUAAAACUGUUGGUUUUACUCGUAUCUAACUUGAUUAAUAUCUUUUAAAUGUUGUCUUUUCAGAUUACAACGCAUUACGCAUUGAUAAUAUGCGUCCUACUAGGGCUAAGACCCCAGCUCGGACACCCCUUGGUAUCGGAGGUAUGCGAACUCCAGCAAGAACUCCUCUACGUGGGAACGGGGUCCGUCCUAGGAUGGCAGGAGGAGAGUCUCACAAGGAUCCGGUUGAAGUUUUCUGCAGGGUUCGUCCAUCGGACGAGGAACCUGAGACCUGUGUCAAGGUGCUCUCUGAUACUCUGAUCCAGCUCACUCCUCCUCUCUCAUCCAGAGCAUACACUUCCGGGAAGGAAACUCAGUAUUCAUUCAAAGAAAUCUUCGGAGAGGAGUCCUGUCAGGCGGAUGUAUUCCAGCGUGUAGGACUGCCACUAGUCGAAGAUCUUGUCAAGGGAAAUAAUGGCCUUCUGUUUACGUACGGAGUUACUGGGAGUGGGAAAACUCACACUAUGCAGGGUACACUACAGGACGGAGGAAUUAUGAAUAGAGCAAUAGAUGUUCUCUUCAACUCUAUCAGAGACUUGCAGACCAAGAAGUACAGGCUGGUUCCUGACAAGCUGAACGGAUUCGAGAUCGUCAGUGAUGCCGACGCGGCACAAAGCCGACAAACCGAACUGAUCAACAACAUGAAGAGCUCGAGGAAUCGUCGACAGAAUUUAAGUGAUCCUGAUCUCUCAAACCGAGUCCCAGAGUCCUUCAGAAUAAAUGUUGACGAGGACGCCCAGUACACUGUAUUCAUUAGCUAUGUCGAGGUGUACAACAACUAUAUCUAUGAUCUCCUAGAGAAUCCACAGAUUGAUAUUGUGAGCGGGAAACCUAAACUUCUCUCAAAAAGUCUUCGUGAAGACAGUUUUAGGAAUAUGUUCGUGUAUGGAGUUACAGAGGUUGAGGUGAAAACUCCUGAAGAUGCUCUGGAGGCAUUCUACAAGGGACAGAAGCAAAGGAAGGUUGCACAAACUCAGUUAAACUUGUCCUCUUCCAGAUCUCAUUCUAUCUUUAAUAUUCGUGUUGUAUCUACUCCAUAUGAUCCACAGGGAGAAGAUAUUAUGACAGAUCCUACCGUUAUGACGUUAAGUCAGCUGGCAAUGGUUGAUUUGGCCGGAAGUGAGAGAACAAAUAGAACCGGAAACACCGGGGAACGGUUAGCGGAGGCUAGUAAGAUCAAUCAGUCUUUGAUGACACUUCGCUCUUGUAUUGAGAUUCUUAGAGAGAAUCAGCAGAGCGGAGGAUCCAAGAUGGUUCCAUACAGAGAUUCAAGGGUCACGCACUUGUUUAGAAACUACUUCGAGGGUCAGGGUAAGGUAAAGAUGGUAGUCUGUAUAAACCCAAGAAUCAGCGACUUUGAUGAGAACGUGAACGUGAUGAAGUUUGCUGAGCUCACCCAGGAAGUGCAGAUUGAGCGUCCUCAAACAGUUAGAUUUGAUAUGGGUCUAACUCCAGGUAGAAGGAAGGGAAACCAGAUUUACAAGGAGGCUCUAAAGAGACUAAACAGCGACGGAACCGUCGUGAUGGAGGUUGACAUGAUGCCACUCUACAACCUGGGUCCAGAUUGGCCUUGUCUCGAGUUGAGGCAGUGCGACGAGGAGGAGGUUAUUGAGAAGCUGAAAUCAUAUCUGGAGAAGAGGAUUGAUACUAGGAAGAGGCUGAUGGAGGAUAAUUCGGAGAAAAUGAGCGCGUUCCGUGAUCUCCUAGUCAAGCAGGAGGAAGAGGUGGUACUUCUACGAAAUGAAAACAAGAACCUGAAAAAUCAGUUAGAGGCUGAGAGAAAGAAAUCUCGCCAGUUAGAGACCCGAUUAUCUAACGCCGAGUGCGCAAAUCGAUCUCUGAACGACAAGGUCAACAUGUACGCAGACAUGAAGAUCCUCUUCGAAAAUGAGUUGGACGAGAAGGAACUGCUCUUGAACGCGGAGCAGAAGGAGAGGAUCAAGACCAAGCUCAAGUAUAAGCAGAGACUGAUGACGGAGAAAGAGAAAAUCAGUUAUGAUGCUGAAAGAAAGGUUCAAAUGGAAAAAUUAAGGCUGGAGAAGAAAAACGCCAAAAUGAUGGAAAAACUGGAAGAACUAAAUGCUCUUGCAUACUCGGAGAACACUGUUAACGAUGAAAACAUCGAGAACAGAGCUGUAAGAACCAAUAGUGACCCUAACUUAUCGAUAGCAGCAAACACACGGGGUCGGUCCUCGAUGAAACCAAGUUCAAGUGAUCCUCGCUUGUCUAGUACUCCCGGACCCAGAAAAUCAAUUGCCGUCAGCAACAUACGACAUCGUAGGUCCCAGAGCGCCGGGGCGGAUAAUUGGUUGGAUCACAGACCCAUCAAUGGUGUUGUGCCCAUGGAUACGGUUCUACAGCCUGUUCUUAAAAGAAGAAAGUCUGUGACAAGGUUGGAAGAGAAGGACAUUGUAAAUUCCAGAACCAACAAAUAUGUUCUCACAACACAGAACCAGAUUGAACAAGGAGAAAUGGAGACCAGGCUUUACAAGGGUGACGUAAUACCUACAGUUUGUGGAGGUCGUCAAGUCAUUUUCAACGAUAUAGAGAAGUUGACCCAGGAGAGUCCUGAGCAGGGUUCUCCUAGGAAACGAAGCUAUGAGGACUACCGAGGGAUUAGUGCCAGGAUUGCUGAUCUCCAAGAGAGGUGCGGACAAGCAGUAGAAGGACACUCCCUUACUCCUGCUUUAACCCGGAGCAGAAAACGUUCCAAAGAUGCUGACAGCCUGCAGAGUAAUGCAAGGUUUGAGUACACCAGUAAGAAUACUAAGAUCGCAAGCUUGAAGAGAGAUGUGCACGAACUUGAGUCCGGAGAAAAGAAUAAACUCACAACUUUCGGAGCAUACAUGCCUAGGUUGUGUGCUGAGAUUGAUCGUUGCACCAAGUUUGGAAAGAAACCAAUCGGUCCCAUCGGAGCUCACAUCACACUGAAAGAUAAUGUCACGGAUCAGAUUAGUACAGUUCUAGAAGGAGAGAUAGGUGCGUUGAUGCUAGCUUUCUGUGUCAACUCUUCCAAAGAUCAGGUUAUUCUCUAUAAUAUUUUCGAGAAGAUGAACCUGCCAAGGAAACCUGCAAUCAUCACUAGUGAAUUUAGCUCGGAACGCUAUGAUAUCUCAAGAGCCAGGGUUUCCUCCCCCAAGUACACAACCUUGAUAGAUUGCAUCGAUACAACAGAACCGACUGUCUUCAAUACCCUAGUUGACAGGGUUAAACUAGAGAAAAUUAUCAUCAUAGACUCAGCUGUUGAAGCCCAAUCUAUCUUGAAGAACACUGAGACUGUACCUAAAAACCUGAUGUACGCGGUGGUAAACGCAAAACAUCAAUACAUCCCAGCACCCAACUACAAGUCUUACUAUAAAGAAUACCGGAACCAACACCUUCUCAAGUCCAGUAUAGAGGAAGUAAUCGCCCUGAAGAAGGCCCAGAUUGUGGAAGAGGAGCGGGAGAUUGCUGAGUUGAAGAGAUUCAUCGUAUGUGUCAAAGCGAAGAUUUUCAAAUAUAUAUUUUUUCAGAUCAUAAUGAAGAGAAGACAUGAGAAGGGAGAAGGGGGUACAUCAAAAGUUCCGAGAACCUCCCAGGGUGUAAAGAAUGACCCCCGACCUUGGCCUUUGAAGGCUGGAAUGAUCAUGGAAGUUACGCUUAAAAACUUCAUGUGUCAUGAGAAAUUCAAGUUUGAACCGAACCAAAGAUUGAACUUCCUGUGUGGGGAGAACGGAAGCGGUAAAUCUGCGGUUCUAACCGCAAUAGUUUUCGGUCUUGGGGGAACAGCUCGUAUGUCAAAUAGAGGAAACAGUAACAAGGGAUUUAUCCGAACUGGUCAGAACAGUGCAGUCGUAGAGAUAAAACUUUGCAACCAAGGAGAAAACAAGUAUAAACCCGACCUGUACGGUGAUACUAUUACUGUUAUGAGAACUGUGACGAACUCCUCCAGCAGCUACAAGCUCAAGGAUCAGCACGGCAGGGUUGUGGUCGAGAAGAAAGUUAAAGAAGAGUUGGACAACGUUUUGACACACUUCAGCAUUCAGGUUGAAAAUCCGAUUAUUGUUCUCAAUCAAGACGCAUCUAAAACCUUCCUGUCUAAAUCUGACCCUGAGAAAAUGUAUCAGUUUUUCCACAGAUCCACACAGUUGAAGGACUGUGAGGACUUCUACCAGGCGGCGGAGGUAGAUAAGGAGGAGGCGGAGAUAUCCCUAAAGAAGAAGUUGGAAUCUCUCCCGGAGUUGGAAAGGGAGAAUGAGAAAUGGACAAAAAAGUGGGAGUUUGUUGAAAAUCUUCAAUCCCGACAUGACGAGGUUAAAAACAAGAAGAAGGAGCUGGCCUGGGGGCUCUACAGGGACAAGAAGAUUUUGGUAGAGGAGUCCAGCAAGGUGGUGGAGAAGGAAAAGAAGAAGAUUGAAAUGGCGGAAAAGGAGAUCGAGGGGAUUAACAAGCGGGACAAGGAGAUGCGUGCCAGGAAGAGGGAUGUGGAGAAGGAGAUCCAAGAUAUAGCUAAGGAUUACGAUCCCGAGUCCAAAACGCUAGUGGAUCUCAAGAAACGUCAUGAUGAAACUAAGAGACAGGUUCAGAUUGCGGAGAGGGCUGUGUCGGAACAUGAUCGGAAAAUCAAGAAAUGCAAGAAGACGCUUGAUUCCAUCACCCAGGAGAUUACGAAGCAUAAAUCUGGGAAGUGCCGUGAGUAUGAAGAGAAAAGAAUAGCUCGACAGAACCAGAUGCAGGAGCUUCAGUUGGAGACAGAAGCUCUGGAAGCUCAGAUUGAGACCUCCGGGAACCAUCUGGAACAUCUUAAAUCUGAUAAAAGAGAUGCUGACAGCCUGCAGAGUAAUGCAAGGUUUGAGUACACCAGUAAGAAUACUAAGAUCGCAAGCUUGAAGAGAGAUGUGCACGAACUUGAGUCCGGAGAAAAGAAUAAACUCACAACUUUCGGAGCAUACAUGCCUAGGUUGUGUGCUGAGAUUGAUCGUUGCACCAAGUUUGGAAAGAAACCAAUCGGUCCCAUCGGAGCUCACAUCACACUGAAAGAUAAUGUCACGGAUCAGAUUAGUACAGUUCUAGAAGGAGAGAUAGGUGCGUUGAUGCUAGCUUUCUGUGUCAACUCUUCCAAAGAUCAGGUUAUUCUCUAUAAUAUUUUCGAGAAGAUGAACCUGCCAAGGAAACCUGCAAUCAUCACUAGUGAAUUUAGCUCGGAACGCUAUGAUAUCUCAAGAGCCAGGGUUUCCUCCCCCAAGUACACAACCUUGAUAGAUUGCAUCGAUACAACAGAACCGACUGUCUUCAAUACCCUAGUUGACAGGGUUAAACUAGAGAAAAUUAUCAUCAUAGACUCAGCUGUUGAAGCCCAAUCUAUCUUGAAGAACACUGAGACUGUACCUAAAAACCUGAUGUACGCGGUGGUAAACGCAAAACAUCAAUACAUCCCAGCACCCAACUACAAGUCUUACUAUAAAGAAUACCGGAACCAACACCUUCUCAAGUCCAGUAUAGAGGAAGUAAUCGCCCUGAAGAAGGCCCAGAUUGUGGAAGAGGAGCGGGAGAUUGCGCUUGUACAGACGGAGAUGAUCGCUCAGCAGACCAGGGUGAAGGAGGCGAUGAAGUUGAUUGAAGCCGAAGAUAGAAAGAUAAAAGCUAUCCGGCAGAAAAUCCUCCAGAAGAACACAAAAAUGGAAUCAUUGAACGCAGAGGAAUUUGCAGAGCAGCCUCCGGACAUUGCAGCUUUAGAGGAUGACAAGGAAAAGUUUGCUGCAGAGUUGGAAACCUACGAAAAUGGAAUCAAAGAGAAGAGAGAGAAACUUGAGGCUGAAAUUGAGAUUGAAACAGCUGCAAAAGCUGCUAAAGAAGAGCUUGAGAAGGCUCUGAACGAGAAGAUGGAUAUGAUCGAUCCCUUGAAACUACGCUUAACUGAAUGCGAAGACGCGAUAAGGAAGAGCAAGAGAGAUGUUGAUCAUUACAUUGGGAAGAAGGAAGAAUACAGAAGGAGACUGAAAGGUUUGGAAGAUGAAUACAAUGCUAAGGUUGCGGAGAGUGAAACCCUCCUAGAACGUGCAUUUACGUUUGGCCCAGAUAGGAUGGAAGUCAAGAAAAGUAUCGACAUCUUGAAGGAGGAAAUAUUAAAGAUGGAGGGGAAGUUGCAGAAGCUCAAGGAGAACACUGAACCUGUUGAAGUUGUUAAAUCCAACUAUAAGAAGUAUCGCAGAGCCUGUGAAACCGCUAAACGAGAGUUAAAGGAUCUGCAGAAAUUGAUCUCCGCCCUAAGCAAAGCAAUCCUUCUCCGGAAGAAAGGUUACAAAAUGAUAUUGCGUGCAACCUCCCAAGCCGUUCAGAGGAGCUUCACUACUCAACUGGAUAUUCGGAAAUUCGUUGGUAGACUGAAAAUCAACCACAUUGAGAAAACCCUGGAGGUCAAGGUGAACCCGAAUGAAAGCAGCACUGCAGGAGGAAUGAAUAUAGAUAGAGAUCUCAAAUCUCUGUCAGGCGGAGAGAGAUCCUUUACUCUUGUAUCUUUCAUCCUGGCUCUUUGGAAUGCAAUGAAUCCUCCCUUUAGGAUUUUGGACGAGUUCGACGUGUUCAUGGACGCAGUGAACCGACGAAUCUCCGUGCAGAACAUCAUCAACUACGCCAGGGAGGACAGAAGGAACCAGUUCAUGUUCCUCACACCCCUCGACACCAACAACAUCGAGAUCAACUCCGACGUCAAGAUAAUUAAACUCCAGAAGUUGAAGAGUUAAACUUAUGUAAUCUUGAAUGUAAACUUAAUUUUUGAAUAUUCUCAAAUGUAUCUAUUUUUUUCUAAAGUUAAGUUUGUAUUGUUUCAAAUCUAUUCUAAAAGAACUUAAUUUUUUGUGUUUCGAAAAUUCAUCCCGUAAGUGAUAUUUCUUAAAUGUGAUACAUCGUAUGUGUCAAAGCGAAGAUUUUCAAAUAUAUAUUUUUUUUAAAUA